AUGUGUCUGCUUUGUGGGCUGAAGGAUCUGCCGGAGCAUUUGCAGUUCAAUCCCUAUGUGUGGGAAGGGUACCGACGCUGCCCCUCCUCAAUAGCCGAGUGCACACGCAGCAUCUUCCAAUUCCACAACGAGAGCGUUAACAUAUGGACGCACCUGCUGCCCGCGCUGGUGGUCGCCUGGAGCGUCGCGAGUGAGCUUACGCGGGCCGAGGUGGAUUGGUACCGAAUGUACCUCCUCUUCUCCCUCGGGGUCAUAUUCGUGGGCUCUGCCGCCUAUCACACCUACAUGCCCGCCUGCCGGACGGCGAGACAGUACACCAACCUUUUGCUCUACGAUCUCGUCUCGGCUGUCGGUGGGAUGGCACUCAUGUCGCACUCGUUCAUCGCGUGGGGCUACCGCUGCUGGACGUCGGCGCUGCCCACCUUCCUGUGGAUCGCCUUCUUCCUCUUCUCCCUCGCCAUGAUCCGAUUCGCCAUCACCGCCACCACGGCACGACAGCGAGCACUGUCGCUGGGCGGGUUUUGCUUUGUACGGGCCGUGUUGGGCGUCUCCAUAUUUGUGCCGCGCAUCAUGGCCAUUGGUGUGACGUCGGCGUUUGUGUACCACUUCUUUUCGGGGGUGUUCAUCUUUCUCGGCGGCUUCAUCAACGCUCAGCGAUUCCCAGAGCGGUUCUGGCCCGGCAUGUUCGAUCACUUUCACUCACACGGGUUGUGGCAUGUGUGCGCCCUCCUGAGCGCCUGCGCGGGCUACUGCGGCAACCUGGCGGACCUUGCCGACUAUCAGGCCACACCAUGCCCUUCGCGAUGA